GUAUCCACGUUGAGCAAACCAAACCCCUGCUUCUAAAGUCUCAGACUUUCUAGGGUUUUAGCCAAGGAGGAAAGAUACGAAGAAACCGCCAUCUCUGGAGACCAGGUUAGGAUCGAUUCUUUCAAUUCCCAAUUCACAUUACAUGACCCAAUAAAACACACCCAUCUACAUCCUCUUCAAUGAUCCGUCUAAGAAGAAUCGAAAAAGCAAUCCCCAAAAAUGUCAUUUCCACACUUAAUCGAAGUAUCUCCGCCACUCCACCAAACCCUAGCUUACCCGCCACUCACCCCCUCACCAUCCUCUUAUUCCGUAACUUCACAAUCUCCUCUGUAUCAAGAAACACCAUAACAAAACAAAGCCCGAGCCUUUACAGGAGACUCUGUACCGACGAGAGCAAAACCAAUGUCUGGACCGAGGAGAUAGAGUAUCUAGACGAAUCCGGCAGCUUAAUACACAGCGGCAAAGGAAUCAGAUCCGUUACCCCAGGCGUCGACGACCACACAAUGGUCGGCACCUUAAAGAAGCCUCUCCUAAACGCCUCCGCCGUCUCCAAGAUCGUCGAAGUCGUGCAGAGGUGGAAAUGGGGACCUGAGCUAGAGACCCAUCUCGACAAGCUCCAGUUUUUACCCAACAUGGUUCACGUCAAGCAAGCGUUGAAGAUCGUUGAAGAUGUUGAUGCUGCGUUGAGUUUGUUCAGGUGGGUGAAGAAGCAGAGUUGGUAUGUUUCUUGUGAUGAGUGUUACGUUGUUUUGUUUGAUGGGUUGAAUAAGGGGAAGGAUUUUGAUGGGAUUCAGAAGCUAUUUGAGGAGAUGGUUCAGGAUAGUAGUAGCUCGCUUGGUGCUUAUAAUAAAGUGAUUCAGUAUUUGGCUAAAGCUGAGAAAUUGGAGGUUGCGUUCUGUUGUUUCAAGAAGGCUCAGGAUUGUGGGUGUAAGAUUGAUACGGUGACGUAUAAUAGUCUGAUGAUGUUGUUUUUGAAUAAAGGUUUGCCGUAUAAGGCGUUUGAGAUUUAUGAGUGUAUGGAGAAGACUGAUUCUUUGCUUGAUGGGUCGACUUAUGAGCUGAUUAUUCCUAGUUUGGCUAAGUCUGGGCGUCUUGAUGCUGCUUUUAAGCUGUUUCAGCAGAUGAAGGAGAGGAAGAUUCGACCGAGCUUUGGUGUGUUUGCUUCGCUUGUUGAUUCAAUGGGGAAAGCUGGGAGGUUAGACACGUCGAUGAAGGUUUAUAUGGAGAUGCAGGGGUUUGGUCAUAGGCCAUCAGCGACUAUGUUUGUUUCUUUGAUUGAUUCGUAUGCUAAAGCGGGGAAGCUGGAUACUGCUCUUAGGCUUUGGGAUGAGAUGAAGAGUUCAGGUUUCAGACCUAACUUUGGAUUGUACACAAUGAUCAUUGAGUCUCAUGCAAAGUCAGGAAAGCUUGAAGUAGCAAUGUCGGUGUUCAAAGACAUGGAGAAAGCUGGGUUUUUACCAACACCAUCUACGUACUCGUGUCUUUUAGAGAUGCACGCUGGUUCUGGGCAAGUAGACUCUGCAAUGAAGAUCUAUAACUCCAUGACUAACGCUGGGUUAAGACCUGGCCUGAGCAGUUAUAUCUCUCUUCUUACACUUCUCGCCAACAAAAGACUUGUUGAUGUUGCAGGGAAGAUACUACUCGAGAUGAAAGCAAUGGGGUAUUCUGUAGAUGUCUGCGCUAGCGAUGUUCUGAUGAUAUAUAUCAAAGAUGCUUCUGUUGAUCUUGCUUUGAAGUGGCUUAGGUUCAUGGGCUCUUCAGGGAUCAAAACAAACAACUUCAUCAUCAGGCAGUUGUUUGAAUCAUGCAUGAAGAAUGGUCUAUACGAUUCAGCUAGGCCUUUGCUCGAGACGCUGGUCCAUUCUUCUGGAAAAGUUGACUUGGUGCUUUACACUUCGAUUCUCGCUCAUCUUGUCCGGUGCCAAGACGAAGAUAAAGAGAGACAGUUGAUGUCAAUCCUCAGCACUACUAAACACAAAGCUCACGCGUUUAUGUGUGGUCUCUUCACAGGUCCAGAACAGAGGAAACAACCAGUUCUGACGUUUGUGAGAGAGUUUUACCAAGGGAUUGAUUACGAACUCGAAGAAGGAGCUGCUAGAUACUUUGUCAACGUCCUUCUCAACUACCUUGUCUUAAUGGGUCAGAUAAACCGAGCUAGGUGUGUCUGGAAAGUAGCAUAUGAGAACAAACUCUUCCCUAAAGCCAUCGUCUUUGACCAACACAUUGCUUGGUCUCUCGACGUGAGAAACUUGUCGGUUGGAGCAGCGCUCAUAGCAGUGGUUCACACUCUCCACAGGUUUAGAAAACGAAUGCUUUACUACGGUGUUGUCCCGAGACGUAUAAAGCUAGUGACAGGACCGACGUUGAAGAUUGUGAUUGCUCAGAUGCUGAGCUCGGUUGAGUCUCCGUUUGAGGUCAGCAAAGUGGUGUUGAGGGCACCGGGAGACUCGGUGAUGGAAUGGUUCAAGAAACCCAUCGUGCAGCAGUUUCUUCUGAACGAGAUACCGUCUCGAGCUGAUAUAUUGAUGCAUAAGUUGAAUGUUAUGUUCCCAAGCUCUGCUCCUGAGCUUAGGUCUUUGUCACCUCCCAAACCAAUCAUGUCAUCCAAGUCGUUUUAAAGACAAUAAAAGUUAUGACAUUUGUUCUCUAGUUGUGCUUAUGCUUCAUGUCUCUCACUGUUAAUACUUGUCUGAAAAUGUAAUGGAAAAUUAUUUUUACGCCUAUAAAUUAUAGUAA